GUUUGUUUUCUAACUGGCAAUAAGUCCUUGCGGCGUGGCGAGUUCGUGGUUUUUGAGAAUUUUAUUGUAAAAGUAUUACAAUUUAUAAAAUUCAAAAUGACGAACACCCAAAUAUCCAAGAAAAGAAAAUUCGUUGCUGAUGGGGUUUUCAAAGCUGAAUUGAAUGAAUUCUUGCGUCGAGAAUUAGCUGAAGAUGGUUACAGUGGUGUUGAAGUUCGUGUCACUCCAACUAGAACAGAAAUCAUUAUUUUAGCCACAAGAACACAAAAUGUUUUGGGUGAAAAGGGCCGAAGAAUUCGAGAAUUAACAUCAGUUGUACAGAAAAGGUUUAAUUUUCCCGAAAAUAGUGUUGAAUUAUAUGCUGAGAAAGUUGCUGCCCGAGGACUCUGCGCCAUUGCACAAUGUGAAUCCUUGAGAUACAAAUUGAUUGGUGGACUUGCUGUCCGCAGGGCUUGCUAUGGUGUUCUGAGAUUCAUCAUGGAAAGUGGGGCUCAAGGCUGUGAAGUUGUCGUUUCUGGUAAACUUAGAGGACAAAGAGCCAAGUCCAUGAAAUUUGUUGACGGUUUGAUGAUACACAGUGGAGAUCCUACUAAUGAUUAUGUUGAAACAGCAGUACGACAUGUUCUUCUGCGACAAGGUGUGUUAGGUAUUAAAGUGAAAAUCAUGUUGCCCUGGGAUCCUAAUGGUAAAAUUGGGCCAAAACGACCUCUUCCUGACAAUGUUAGUAUAGUUGAACCAAAGGAAGAAGAACUGCCACAAUCACCUUACAGUGAAGCAAAAGGAGGUGAUGCUAAACCUGCUUUACAAGCAUAAGCCUGUUUGAACUUAAUAAAAAAAUUAUAUAGAAA